AGAAGGGGGUGCUGCUGGCAGCUUUUUGGGACUCCCAAUAGAAGACAGAUUUGGUCUCCUGGAAGGCUGCCUGAUCGAGUUCCCACAGCAGCUGCCGCUUGCUCAGGAGCGAGGUCCAGCAAAGAGCAGAGAGGGUACAAGGCCAGAAGGAUGUGAGAGAGAGUGGCCAGCUCGAGCCCCUCAGGAGUCAGCUGCUCAGUCCCCACUGGUGACUUCUUCACUCCUUCAACACUGUGUGAAGGGCCAUGUCAUGGUUGAUCUUCAGUCCCUCAGACUACACCAUCAGCCCCAUGGGGGUGAGCAAAUAACAAGUAACUACAUUCUUCCCUGCUAUGUCUGGCUCUUAGUAAAAAUUAAACAAAAUUAAAAAUUGUUGCGGUUUGAAUGCAACAUUUUUUAAUGGAAACCUGCUUUCUCAUUUUU